AUGGACCCUUCGAAAGCUCAUCGACGACCAUCAUCAUCAUCAUCAUCAUCACCUCGACUCCCUGCCCUAGUCCACCCAGUCCAAGACUACCUUGGUCAGAUUCGGCGAUACCUCGACUCCGCUACGUACGCCGACCAGGCCAUUGUUAUAGAGACGUCCAAAUGGUAUAGCCCCGCAGGCGAUGAGGAUAUUGAGGAUCAGUUGGUCAAUGUCUUCCGAACAGCGAGUCGGAUUCUCAAUUCCUCGGAUUCCCAACGCCGGGCAGAGUUGACGUUCUUACGAGACGUUGGAUUCGGGGAGGAGGAAGUUGAGGCAGCGCUAGCAGAGGACAGGAGAAGACGGCAGGGAGCGGACAGGAGAAGACGGCAGGGAGAGGACAAGGAGGAUGGAGAAGAUACAGACACGGUUCAGGCUCAGCAGGUGGCAUUCGAGGACAAGGAGGAUGGAGAAGAUACAGACACGGUUCAGGCUCAGCAGGUGGCAUUCGAGGACAAGGAGGAUGGAGAAGAUACAGACACGGUUCAGGCUCAGCAGGUGGCAUUCGAGGACAAGGAGGAUGGAGAAGAUACAGACACGGUUCAGGCUCAGCAGGUGGCAUUCUGGGGCGGAGGAUUUUCUCCCUCAAUCUACAGCUGGUUGGAUCUAGUCAGAUUUGUACUGGCGCCGGCUAACCUGCAAAUACACAACAGCAAACGGCCGUACACAGCCAUGGCCAGCUUCUUGCUUUCGAGCAUCGAUAUCGCCCAAUUCGGGUUCGCAGCAUACUGCGCAUGGCAAUGGCACUCUUACGUCGUCGACUCCCCGAAUACCCUCCUUAUUACAUUCAUGAUCUAUUUCGCGAUCCUUAUCUCAACAUACUACGCGAACCUAACAUCCUGGCUAUACCGCACUACCCGCCGCCUCGGCAUUCUCUCCACCCUCGCUCAUCAUCUGUCUAAAGCCAUAGUCUUGUUCUAUCUUCGCAUCGGCGCUAUGAUGAUUAUUCCUCCCGCGCCUAUGCCACGCUCCCCAAAGCUCCUCUCCUGGACCUUUUGGCCUGGAGUGAUCCGAUCGCUAUUCAUCGCAUGGCGAGCCUGGCCCGCUUUGAAGAAGUCGUUCUCGACAUCAAUCUUCCGCGCGCUUAUCGCUCCCUACGUUGCCUUCGGAGUCUCGCUUUUCCUCUUGACACAAUACAAGGUCAACAACACCUGGGACCCCAGCGACGGCCGAGCAGGUGUCAGUUUCCAAGACUUCGUAAAUGCGACUGCAGAUGUUGCACGGCAAGGUUUCUGGCCGCUCGAGCUGCGGAUCAGAAGCGAUUGGUGUCAGAUUGAGAGGGUCGCGUGGCAAAUUGGUUGCGCCGAGCAGAGGGACACUCCGAGAUGGCUUCGUAGUGGGGAUUGUACCGCUAUGUUUCCCGGAUUGGUCAAGAGGACUCCGCUUGAUAUUCAGCAGGAUCUGACUUUGACGACACGGUGUCAUCGCUUGUCCGAGAUGUUGAACGCGGUCGAUGGGCUUGGAGACACGUUUUGGCUCAAUAAUGUUACGGAGGACAAGAUUGGGCUACGGUCGCGGUUUUGGAACGUUGCCGAUACUUUGGUCGAGUUCUCGGAUAUUGCUGAGAAGCUCGAGCAGCAGCCAGGGCGAACAGACACCGACCUCUCCCGCUAUCACAGGCUCCGAAGAUUCUUCACACGCCACCGCAUCAUCACCCCCGAAGUCCGUCAAGAAAACUUUACCCUCUGGUUCCUGGGCGCCAAAUACUGGCACAUCCUCUUCUCUCCCAUCUGGAACCGCCUAACAACCCUCAUCACUACCCUCUACCUCCUCGACCCCGAAUACGACCGAGCCCGCCAACGUCUAGACGACGCUCGCAUCGGCCUCGACGCUCUGCACCACACCCUCGAGCGUUGCUACCCACUUCUCCGGCAAUACGGCACCACGUUGGGCAUCCUCCUCGCCGCCUACCCCGGCGUGCAGUCCGAUGCUGGCGUGUUCCCGAGCCCGUACGAAAGUCAUCUGAGCUCCGUGUAUCUCCGCAGCAGUCUCAUCGCCGAUUCUACAGAUCCUAGCAGGAUCCGUGAUGUCGGGGACAGUGUGUAUGCGUGGACCAUUUCUAUGGCGAAAUCGAAUCUGGGGGCCCGGCGGUCGUGGAGGAAGGUCGAGAGGUGGCUGAGCACGGGGAAGGAGGUGGGUCGUUUGAGUGAGUCUCGGAUUGAUCCUGAUGCACCGAGUGAGAAGGAGGCUUGGCAGAAGUUGAGGGAGGUAGCAAGGGCAGCAGGUGCGGUGGAUAGGAAGUAG